AAACAUUUUUUUUGGAUGCAAUCCUGUUUUGUGAUUGAUGACAUGAUAUAUGAAGCAGCUUGUAUGAAAUGCUCUGUUUUCCAUUGAUGACAUGCUAUAAAGAAUUACUCUGUUUUCCUUUGAUGACAUGCGAUAAGGUACUAUUCUGUUAUCAUUGAUGACAUGCUGUGUAGUGUGCAAGCCGAAAGGUUUUGUAACGGAUUGUGACACACUUUAAGUGAGGUUGUGGAAACCCUUAUUGAUACAGGUAUUGAUUCUGGUGAUGGUAGUUACCAGGUUGACGUGCAUUUUGUAUUAUUGAUAUAUCGGUUGAUGUGUAAGAGUGUAUAGAUAGGUGUUGGUGUUGAUAGGAAUUCCCAAGGUUUUGUUUUUUUUUGUGUUGUAGUUUGACUCUAUUUAGUGGGAUAUAGGGAAUUUGUCAGUGCCGAUUGUUACUAGUUGCAUUUGAUAUGGAGUUACCGGACGUACCCAGUCUCAUAGCCCAGGGUCAGAAACUGGGCUACACUGAUAGUACCCUGCAACAAUACGUCCUACAGUGUCUUGAGAGAUACGACGAAGAAGCAGAUAGAGAAGAGGCAGAAUGGUUAGCCAAGAGAGAAGAAAGGAAUAGGUUAGCGAAAAAAAAGGAAGCAGAAAGAUUAUCAAGUGAGAGAACAGUAGACAGAUUAGAAAGAGAAGCUGAAGCCGAACAAGGUGACGGUUCGGAAUUCGCCGCUGUGAGCCAGGGUGCAGGAGAGAGCACGCGGUGUCACGAUUGUUCCUCAAGAGAUCGCUAUACACCAGAGAAGAGGUCUUCAACCUUCAAUAGUAAGAUCAAGUGUUACGCAUGCAAGGGACUCGGACACAUUGCCAGAGUGUGUGUCAACACACUAGGGUCUUCUCAGAGGCAAUGCUACAAUUGUAAACGAUAUGGUCACAUUGCCCGGAACUGUCUCUAUCAGAGAGCUCAACACCUAGGACCCAAUAAAGUUAUACUGAGAAGGAAGAACCAGAAAGAUGCCCCAUCUUCUGGCAAUCGGCAUCGAUGGACAUCACAGCGCCAAUGUUACACCUGUGAAGCAUAUGGACACAUAGCCAGGUAUUGUCAAUACCAUAGAGCUCGAUACAUAAACAGCAAUGAAGCUACCCUGAGAAAGGAGAACCCGUCUCCGGCAAGUGUCACUCCUAUGUUUACAGCCUCAAACAGAAGAGAAAGAGCACAAGAACACAGAUACCAAGUAAAUGUUAGCAGGGAAACUACUCCUCAUUAUCUAGAGUCUGAGAGAACCAAUGCUCAACGUGUGUCACAAACGCAACAGCCGUCAAUACAGAGAGAAUCAACUCUUCAGGAGGUUCAUGAAGAACUGAACCACAAAAUCAACGACCUGAGUGACGAAAUCAAAGCGGUACAACAAAGUUUACAGAACUUUAAAGAAAAUACAAAACAUAGUGAACACAGAUUGCAGAGAGAAAUUAGUGACCGGGACAAAGAAAUUAUUCGGCUUAAGGCUGAGACUAACAAAGUGGUGGAACGAUUGACAAAACUGAUAAGAGAAUUUAAACGAAUCUACGAUGACGAGAGAAAAACUAAAGAGGUGUAUCUGAACAUGAGACAUCAGAUGUCGAGUGAGAUAGAGGAAACGACGACAGACAUUGGCACCUUGACCAAAGAGUUUGAGGUUCAUCAGACCUUCAAAGAACUCAAGACAGCUCUGGGAAAAGUCACAAAAAAACGAGCAUUUUCAGAGGACUAUUAUGGGACAACUUUCAAAGAAUUAGGAUAUCUGCUGUUAAGUUUCGAUCCAGAGGGCAAAAAUAAGAAGAAAAUUGUGAGAGCUCUCAAGAAAAAAACAACUGGCAAGCUGAUCUGUCAAGCUAAUCUUUACAUGACUCUGUAAGGAUAGAAUACCACUUCCAAGGGGAAUCUAUUAAGGGUACUUGUAGUAAGUUAGCGGACGUCUUGUCGCGCGUGGAGGCGGAUCAAGAGAUCCCUUGGGACUGUGGUGAGACAUCUUAGUACUGAAAAAUGUGAACAUUUUUUUUGUAAGGGGGGAGGAAUGUCAGGGACGUGUGUUGUGUACAUGUAUUGUGUCAGGGACGAGAGUUGUUUCCCUUGGUCACGUGGAUAGCGAGUGAGUCUGAGAGAAGUGACCGGCCAGUGUUAAAAUGAAAUUCUCGUGCAAACCAGACAAAAGUAGUGAGCAAAAGUUCACCCCAAGCUUGGGCUUGGAGAACAGUGUAUGAGCAUUCCCAACGAAACCGCCAAGUCGGAUGGUCCUGCUGUACGUGUGGUUACAGGGACCGGGAAUGAGAGGUUUAAGUUCCUUGCCUAGUCAAGGUAACAGAUUAAUUGUUGCAGAAGUUGUGAAUUUUGAUUGAGGAUGUAAAGAGAUGUGUUUCUAAAUGAUUUAUAUAAAUGAUUUAAUUUUCUAGAGUAAAUAUAUUUUUUCACUUGAAGUUUUGGCACAAUAUGUAGUAGGAUAUAAAUUCAGUACAUUAAUUAACCACCGAGUUACAGGAA